CACACUACGAAAAAAAGAUAAAAGUUUAAAUAUUUUUGGUAUUCAUUGGUAUUUUUAUAAUCAAGUUAUUAAUCUGCGGUAUAAACCUGGUAUUGAUAAGUUACGAUUUUUGGUUAUUGUUUACUUUUAUAUUAAUAAUAAGUCCUUAUUUUCAUAUCUUAUCAGAUUUUAAAUUGUAUAUUUAACAUCAGGGAUUAUAUAGUGACACUUAAUUAUAGUCAAGUUGUGCCGUUUAUCUGGAUAAAAUGUCUGUAAACAACAUACCAAAAGGGGUUCUCUCUAUGGGACCACAUACGUACCAAAUACCUGUUGAACUGUUUGAAUUAAAUAGAAAGCGACUGGUGGAAAAACUAAAAGACAAGGCGGAGAAUUCCAUUGUCUUGCUUCAAGGAGGCGAUGAAGUACCUUUUUAUGAUACAGAUAUUACAUACAAUGUCUUUCGUCAGGAAUCUUAUUUUAUGUGGACCUUUGGUGUUACCGAACCUGAGUGUUAUGGGGCAAUAGACGUUAAAACUGGCGAGUCCUACCUUUUUAUACCCAGACAUCCAGAUGAAUACGCUGUUUGGAUGGGCCCAUUGGCUAGAACGAAUGAUUUUUCCAAAAAAUAUGGAGUACCUAACGUGUACUAUGUGGAUGAAUUAAAGAAAGUAUUGGAAGAUUUAAAAAGAGACAAAAUUUUAACUCUAAAAGGUCUAAACACUGAUAGUGGUUUGACAGCUAAACCUGCUACAUUUAAAGGAAUCGAUGGUUUUUCUGUAGAUGAUCAGACACUGUUUCCUGUCAUAGCUGACUUAAGGGUUUAUAAGACGGAACACGAAAUUAGAGUUAUAAGAUAUGUCGUUUCUAUAUCCAGUUAUGCUCACAGACAAGUUAUGAAAAAAAUAAGACCAGGAAAUUACGAAUACCAGGCUGAAUCAGAGUUUUUAAAUGCAUGCUACAAGAAAGGUGGCUGUCGCCACGUGUCGUACACGUGUAUCUGUGGCUCUGGUGUAAACGGAGCCAUUCUACAUUACGGUCAUGCAGGUGCUCCUAACAGUUCUCCGAUUAAAGAUGGCGCCUUCUGUCUUUUUGACAUGGGAGGAAACUACUUUGGAUACGCUGCUGACAUUACUUGUUCAUUUCCAGCUAAUGGAAAAUUUACCCCUGAUCAAAAGUUGAUUUAUGAAGCUGUUUUAUCAGCAAACAGAGCAGUUCAUAAAGCUGUUAAACCUGGAGUAUCUUGGGUAGAUAUGCACAGUCUAGCAAACAAAAUUCUGUUAGAAGAACUGAAGAAAGGUGGUCUUCUACAAGGAGACGUCACAAAUAUGCUUGAAGCUGGAUUAGGAGCUAUUUUUCAACCUCAUGGUUUGGGCCAUUUGAUGGGCUUGGACGUUCACGACGUAGGAGGGUAUUUAGCUGGUCAACCAGAAAGACCAACCAAGCCAGGCUUGAAUAAACUAAGAACAGCCAGAAUUUUAAAACCAGGGAUGGUAUUUACAAUUGAACCAGGAUGUUACUUUAUUGAACCGCUUCUGGAAAAAGCCUUGAAUGACCCUGUCCUUAGAGAUUUUCUCGUACCGGAAGUCAUUAAUAGAUUCAGAAAUUUUGGAGGCGUACGUAUAGAAGACAAUAUUCUUGUCACAGAACAUGGAGCUGAAGACUUAACUAAAGUUCCUAGAACAGUUGCCGACAUUGAGGAAUGGAUGAAUAACGAUCAGGCUGACGAAUCAAAAUACCUAGAUAAAAAUUGUUCGUAUGGUAAAAAUUGUUUGUAUGGUAAAAAAUGACAAUGCCUUAAUGAGCAUAUAUUUUUAUACCAGUGAUAUAUGUAACUAUGAGAAAUAAUAUAUGUAUUUUAUUUGUAACAAAAAUAA